UGGCCGGACUGUUUACUGUGCGUACAGGUUUUGUUUCCGGAGGGCAUCAUUGUUAGUGACGCCGAUAUAGCUAGAAGCAGCAUGGAGUGCACAGGGGAUCGGUUUGGAUACACAUGGAUUGCAAAUAAGUGCUCGGGUUACUUUUGAGUUCAUGUCCAGCCGAUUAACGAUCAAACUACACAGAAUUUAAGUCAUAGGCGAAAAAGAUCGGUUUAUCGGUUUACAAUUCAGUGAUACUGUAUACGUGUAUCGAACGUGGCGAUUUAGCUUGUGGAAGCUGAGCUGAGAAUUUACAGAUUACUAAGGUAUGACGCUUUGCUUAAUGUAAGCAUAAACUAGGGAUAUGUACUACUUUUUAGUAAGUAUACGUUUUGAUUUCUUAAAGUUUCUAAGAGUCUGAGCAAAUCAAUGUAUUUACUUACAGUACUUAGCUAGCAAGAAACGGUAUACUCCACAGGCAAGUCUGUUAAAUAUGUUAGGUGGUUGUGCUUUUAAUUUAGAGUAGUUUUUUUUCAAGAUACGGUAGCCGGUGUGUUGUUUAUUUUCUGAUACAGUCCUUCUCCGUUAAGGCUGCUUGUGUGGUAGCGGCAACAGUAAUAUAAAUCAUGUCUGAAGUGGGGUGUACGGCGCCUGACAGCACCCCCGUGGAAGGAACAAAACACAACAACCAGAAAACGAAAAAUAAGAAAAAAAAGUUCUGGAGAACUGCAGAGAAAGUAGCAGUAAAGAAAGAAGAUGAAGCCAGGAAGGGUGCUGUGCUACCACCAAAGGCUUCUCAGCAGUUUUCAGCUAACUGGAAGGCUCUGCAAGAGUUGUUGAACCAGAAGAAGGCGACCACGACUACAGCCCAGGAAAAUGGAACCACUGCUUUGAAUCACAAUUCCAAGAAGAAAGAAAAAAAGCAGCAGAUUCAAUCUCAAGGAAAGCCAGCGAAAGAUCAAAUUGUGAAGGACACAAAGGUGCGUGCCAGCAAGCAAACCAAAGCAGACUCCGUACAGCCUCGCACCUCCGCUGAGAAGAGUGGUGGAGAGACGGGGGAGCAGAAAAAGGGUAGAGACAAGAAGAGGACACAUGGACAAAUAACUGCAGAGAGAAACAAUCUGAAAAAUAAAAAGAGGAAGACCGAGGAGGUUGUGGAGCACAAACCAACUGAGGCGGAUAUCUGGUUUGAUGAUGUGGACCCAGAUGACAUUGAGGCAGCAGUCGGAGCUGACGCUGCAGAUAUUGCCAGGAAGAGGAUGGGGGUGAAACAAAGCAAGCCACAGGAGCUGGAGAAGUCACUGGUGAAAGAGCAUGGAUUUGAAGGUCUGACCAAAGCUGUAGCCAUGGACUGUGAAAUGGUGGGGGUUGGACAGAGUGGUGAAGACAGCAUUGUGGCUCGAGUCUCCAUUGUAAAUCAUUUUGGAAAAUGUAUUUAUGAUAAAUACGUUAAGCCUACAGAGAAAGUAACUGAUUACAGAACUGCUGUCAGUGGGAUCAGACCAAAAGAUCUCAAAAAAGGAAUAAAUGUCAAGAUUGUUCAGAAAGAGGUGGCUGAUAUUAUACAAGGAAGGAUUUUGGUUGGCCAUGCCAUACAUAAUGAUCUUAAGAUUUUGUUUCUGGAUCACCCCAAAAGAAAAAUCAGGGACACACAAAAAUAUAAACCAUUCAAAGCAAUAGUAAAGUGUGGACGUCCUUCACUUAAACUUCUCUCUAAGAACAUUCUAAAUGUUAAAGUCCAGGAAGGUGAACACAGUUCUGUUCAAGAUGCCCAAGCCACAAUGAAGUUAUACACUUCAGUGAAAAAACAUUGGGAAGCAGAGAUAAAAGCCAGACAUAAAGGGAAUAACUUGGCAGGAAAGGAGGGCAAAGGGAAACGGCCUACAGACCACUAAUACAUUUACAACUGUUGCGGCAAACCCACAUUCCCAAUGGAAGGAAACUCUUUUGAGCCGAAGAAAUCGUGUGGUCUUCAUGUACUUCUGGUUAUGUGCUUGUAGCACAGACACUUGUCAGCAGGAACACAGCGCAAGCCAUAUAUUCUGUAACUCAGAUAUUUUCACACAAACUGUAGGAGAUUGGUUUAUUUUUUCCCCUUAUGUUGUCUGUUGAACUGAAAGCUCUGGGAAAUCGUUGAAUAUGGUUUGUUAACUGAACUGAGACCAAUGGAAUGUAUUGCAUUUAAAACAUGGUUCACUUUAGCCAUUGUAUGGACAGCACACUGCUUCCACAAAUAAAGUAUAACCCUACCAUUAAAGAUACCUGAAACAAA